AUGGCAGUAGCUGGAACUCUGGGCGCUGCCAUACCCAAGUGGCUUCCUUGGGGCCCCAUCACCUCGAUUCGUGCAUCUAUGGCUCCGCUGCUUGCUUCUGCAGUGUGCUUGGCUUUUACGGCGGCGCUGGACAGCAAGAACCCGGUCUGGUUCAUGACCUCUGUUGUCGCGGCCGAGAUCGUACUUUACACACCCUUUAUUUCAGCAGUAUGCCAGUUCACCUGCAACAUUGAGGAUAUUGCAGGAGUUGCCUCGUCACUUCUUAGCAGCUUGGUCUACUUGGGCAGCUCCUUGGUGUCCUUUGUCAUUGUCCUGGCAUCGCGCUCCGAUCCUUCUGCCCUUCUGUAUUUCCUCGCUGGAACUUUGGUGCUGGUGGGACUGUGCUUGUGGCUUGGACCCCUCGAUUUUUCUCUGUGCGGACUUGACGACCAGCACGAGCAGGCCAGCGAAGUCUGCAAGGACGACAACGACAGGCCGAGGGAGGUCAACUUCAUGCCGGAUGAUUAUGGAGCCACGCGUUGCGAGCACAACCUGCAGAAAACUUCGUCUCCUGGAGUGUUGGGCCCAUGA